AGGAAGAUUUGCGGUAGGCAGAUCCAUACAUAAAGUGUCUUCUGGAAGCGUCCAAACCCACCGAUCCGGUCCAGGACCUCAUCAAAACUCAUUUUUCCUGUCUUGGAAUGCCAGAUCAGAAAUUGUGGCGCGAGCAGCAAGAGGCAACAGGUUGCAAAACGGAUGGAAACCUAGCGGUCCUGCUACUGGAUUUGUGCACAGAACUCCUCUGCAAGACGUAUAUGAUGCUGUCGCUACUUUUCUGUAUUCCGGUGCUCAUUCUGAGUCAGGGUGCUGAUACCCAGCAGAAGCAGCGAGGAGGGACAGGUGUGGCAGAACGGAGGCAAUUCUGUAGCUGGCCGUGUAAAUGUGGCGUCCGAGUGCAGUGCGCCCCUGGUGUCAGCUCCAUUUUGGAUGGCUGUGGAUGCUGCAAAACAUGUGCACAACAAAUUGGGGAAUCAUGCAAUGAGAGGGACAUCUGUGACCCGCACAAAAGCUUGUACUGCGACUUUUCCAAAGACCAGCCACGUUAUGAGGUUGGCGUCUGUUCUUACAUGAUGGGGGUGGGUUGUGAUCUCAACGGGGCUCACUAUGACAAUGGACAGGCCUUCCAGCCCAGCCCACUCUACAAGUGCACUUGCAUCGCUGGAGCUAUUGGCUGUACUCCUGUCUUCAUUGAGAAACCUGCAGGGAUGCUGAGUGCCACUGGCCUUCAGGGCAAAACACCAGCAGGUCUCAAGAGUAACAGUAGCCACAAAAAUCAGCAAGACACCACUUACAGGACCAUGUCAGCUUACAGGGAUCCUCCUUUAGCCUGGAAGAAGAACUGCUUAGUGCAGACUACACCCUGGUCAGCAUGUUCACGCACCUGCGGCAUUGGCAUUUCUGUACGGGUCAACAAUGACAACAGCAAGUGUGAGAUGAGAAAAGAGCGCAGACUUUGUCUUCUCAGACCGUGUGAUAAGAAAGCUCUGAAAGGGCUGAAGAUGCCAAAAGGAAAGACCUGUAGACCGAAAUUCCAGGAAAAUAAAGCUGAGAAGCUGUUUCUGUCUGGCUGUACCAGUGUUAAGAAGUACCGGCCGAUGUACUGUGGCGUCUGCAAGGACAAACGCUGCUGCAUUCCCAAUAAGUCAAAAAUCGUGAACAUAGAGUUCCGCUGCAGAGGAGGAUCCAAUGUACUAUGGAAAAUGCAGUGGAUCAUUUCCUGUGUGUGUCAAAAGAAGUGUAAUGAUCCCGAAGACAUGUUUUCAGAACUACACUUAAUGUAAAACAGACACACGAAGACAGAAAUCUGGGGGAUGAUCAUUCUGAAAUUGUACCUGAGGUUUUCUAUAAUAUGUAUACUGAUAAUACCCCCCUAAAGGGGGUAUUCUUUAAGGUACUAUUUUUGUCUUCAUGAAUUGAUUUUAACGUCAAACGUGUUAACACGUCAAACAUUGCAUCUGGAUAAUGUGCCAUCACAAGAUCUCAGUCACAAGACCCCUAUGAGUGUGAGAAAACUGAAGCUGGUUCAGGUUACAGAAGAUGUAAAAAGAUAUUCCAUAUAACCUCUACUGUAUGCGUUCCCACUAGUCAUCACAUCAUUGCAUUGAUGCACAGUUGCAUAAAGUGAAUCUCUGAUCAUUGCCGUUACCUUAAUUCACCAACUCUUAUUGUCAGUGAAUGACUUCACGUAGCUUUGUUGCAAAUGCCUCAGAUCUAUUAUUGUUUGUGAUGUCAAAAUUCUUCAAAUUAUCAAUAUUCUUGGGCCACUGGACCAUACUUUGACUGACUGAAAUCUCAGAUGCUACACAGUUACAGUACACUUACAGCAAUUUAAUAGUUGGAGUAAUUGUUUUGUUGGUCAUUGGAAGCAUUCUGACUGCUGGAUGCCCUAAUGGUGCAUUGCAUAACUGGACACAGUUUUUAAAAAUCAUGUGCCAUGUGAUGUAUUGCUUGUAAAAAUAAGAUCCAUCUCAUUUGAAGGAAAUUAUAUUCUAGUCACUAAAAAUAAGUGUUAAAAAUGAAUAACGGUUCAGAUCAUUAUCAAAAUUAUUUAAAUGGAUGAAUCAUGUUCAUUUCGGGAAUGCUUUUUUUAUCACAUUCCUGCAUAUGGGCAAAGAUAACUCAUAAAGAAUGGCGAACUUAUUCACAUUAAACAAUCUAUACAGUCAUCACUGAUAUAAUAACUCGCAAGAAAAAGAA